AUGGAUAAUGAUUCAGAUGCACCCGCCUCAUCUUCCGUUCCUGCAGAGUUUUUGGUGUUGGCCUGUGCAGAUGAUGUUAAUUCCAGGGAGAGGAAAGAUUCCUACAAUGAGCUGGUUGGUAAUGAAGGAAGCUAUCAAAUUCAGAACACUACUGACAGUAUAAAUGCUCAGAGAUGGGAACUUAAUUAUUAUGAAGCGUCUAUUUAUUUAAACGAGGGAAAGGACAAUGACAAAUUUUCAGUUCAUCCAAGAAACCAACUGAAGUUACCCAUUUACAAAAUAGUUCACAGCACUUGGUUUCACAUUGUCAGCUUGUUGGUGUCUAUUGAAAUAUUAGCCCUUGUUAUAUGUGAAUCCCCCACUAACUUACAGCUGCCAGUCAUCGCUCAUGCAGUGCUAGAGUUGUUGGGCUUGUUGUUGAUAUUUAUUGAAAUGUUUUUGAAAGCAAAGUGGCUUGGUUUCAAAGCUUUUAUAAGUCAUCGUCGAACGGUGUUCAAAUUGGUUGUGUUGGUGGUGAUGUUUGUGGAGGCAGUUGUGGUGAUAAUUCGCCAAUCAAAUCACAUCAGAGUGACUAGAGCCUUGAGACCUCUCUUCCUCUUAGAUAUUCACUAUUGCAGGGGAUAUUUCCAGACAUUCAUUGAUAGCUUCAUAAGUCUCUUCAUUCUCAUGACCACCUCAAAUUUCCCAGAUGUCAUGAUGCCUUCGUACAAAUCUUCAAAGUGGUCGUGCAUUUAUUUCAUCGUCUACAUCAGCCUUCAGCUCUUCAUCUUCAUGAACCUUUUGAUAAAAAGAUGCCUCAUUAAAUAA